UACUACAGUAUUGGCCAAUACGUGUAAUUCACUACUAUAUGAAAUGUGAUAUACUAUAUUAAAAUCUAUAGUACUAAAAUAUAGUAUUUUAUAUAAUUAAAGAGUGCAGUUAAAUUGCAUCUAAUAUAUAAUGUUUAAUGAAUUUGGACUAGCGCUAGUGGAUUUCUUGUUUUGUUUUAUACAGGACCUGCAUAUCUGCCAUCAAUUUCAAAUGAAGUACAAUUCAAUUCAGUUUCAGUUAUACGUUGUCAUUAAUUAACCAUGCAUUCAUUGAUAUGUUUGUAUUUAUGGACCAUUAGGAGUCCUGAGUUCUGUUAUUACAAUAUUGAGAUUUAGUCAUUUUUAUUUAUUUAUAGGUUGCAUUUUAUCAUCAAAUUAGGGCACUCUAGUGGUUCUGUUUGGAACACAGGAUGUAGAAUCCUCUUUGUGGUUCAGUAUAUAAGAAUGGCUCUUUACAGAACCCAAACAAAAUUCGGCUUCUGGGGGAAAGCCCAUAGUUUCUUUAUAGACAGGGUUCAAAGGGGACUGUGUUGUUUUUAAAGCGACUGUCCAGUCCUCCGUGAUUCCUCUUCCUGCGUACCUCUGGCGCACUCAUUUUAAGAGCACAGCGAGAGAGUAAACAGUUUAGAAUAUGUAUUUUUACGUGGUCGUUAAGUCGUGUGUAGGAUAAUUCGUCUAAUUGUGACAUUAGGUAUUCUCCAACUAAAAAAGAUACCUGGUUCAUUUUAAAUCUAGCUAGCUGUCUUUUGAAUGGUUUGUGCAUGUUUUGAUUGGCCGUUCAAUUGUACCACUAUAUUGUAAUAACUAAACGUGAACACGAAAGAAAGAUGUGUCCAGCGAGAUUAAAAAUACAUUCUCAUGUUUCACUGUUUAACCCACAUUUUUUUAUACACAGUCUUGUAUGAAGGAGUAUAUAUUAUAAUUUAUAAAAGUAUUUUAAAAUGUUCCCAAUAUUUGUGUAGACGGAUAUGAUUGAUCCCGCAGGUCACGGGACACAUGAGAAAGGUUGUGUAGCGCAUCACCAUGGGAACGUAUUUCACGUCUGCAUGCGCUGCCGAAUUCCUCGCCUUCAGCCAAUCAGCUGUAAGCUACAGACCAAUGAGCGCUGCAGCUGAAGAUCAGGUUUACCGCGAAGAGAAAAGCAUUCCUCGAUGGAGGAGGGGCAGUGUAUGUGUAUGUUGUUGGGGGCUGUCGUGUGGGUGUUUGUAAGAACUGUCGAGACAAAGCUAUAUGGAUCCAGGAGACGGUGAUUUAGACCCUGGCCUGUCCCAGCUGGAUACCCCCUGUCUGAUUGUGGAGGACUCCCAGCCUGAGAGCCCUGCCCUGGAGGACGAUCCUGACAGCGGCUAUCGGACCCUGCUGGCUCGGCGCCUCUCCAGCCUGCAGCCCCACAGACACAGCCCCGUGCUGGAGCUGAUUUCUGCACCGCAGGGCAGUAAGGGGCCUAUGGGUGAGGAGUCUGGAGAGGUGCAGAAUGACGGCCACAACGCCUCAGCUACAUUGGAUUCCAGGAAAGGACACAGUUCAGUUGACGAGGAACAUAGUCAAGUAUAUGAAGUGUGUUCCCCUUCCAGUUGCAACAGAGCCCCAGCUCCUCCUAAUAGCCAGCCUGCAGAGGAGGAGAUGGAGGACGGAGCAGAUUCAACGACGCAGCCAGCCCAGGAAAAAGUAGAGAUGUCCCAGCCGAGCUUCGGGUUUCUCGGGAUGUCACAGAGUCAGGAUGUGGACGAGGAGCUUGAGAAGAGUGCAGAGAGUCUGGGAGAGCCAGAGAAGGAAGGGAAGACAGUCAGCGAGGCGGGACAGACAGACAGCCUCGGGAAAGCAGAUGGAGAUAAACGUAGUAUUGGAGGAAACGGUCUGACCUCAACCGAUCGAGAUGAAGCAUGCAAAAGGUCAGAGGUGACCUCCAGCUGUUCCGCUGUGCCAGAGAAAGCGUCUCGUGGGGAAAAGGAAAUGACAAUACACCGCCUGCUGUUGGGGGAGGGGUCGGAGGUCGAGGAUUCACCUGACCAGGAAGAGGAUUCAGAGAUCCUGUCCACUCAGGAGGACAUGUUUGAGCAGGACGCGGCAGGAUCUGGAGUGGACAGCACAGUGUCGGGAUCAGAGAGCCGUUUCACCCCUGUGUCAACCCCUGUUGAGAGCCUGCGACUUCUACACCUCUCUGGACAGACCACCCUGGUGCAGGAGAGCCUCUCACAGAACUCCCCUGAAUUUGUGGCGCCCUCCCAGGACGCUUUUGGCCCAGCGUCCAUCAUUGUCCCGAACUCGCCUACCGAACAAGAUGAUGAUGAACCAAUGGAUACAUCCCUCCCAGCUGAAGAAGCUGACCAAUCAGGAAAGAUGGCAGAGGAGCCAAUGGAAACAGACCAGCCUCCAUCUCGUCUUGAAGAGGCUUCCUUCCUCGGUCCUCAAGCCUCCACCCCAGUAUCGCAGAACUCCCCUGCCUUCGCAAUGGAGCCGUCCCUCUCUGUGCCAACCCAGCCACAGUUUUCACAUGAUGUUUUCGCUCCCACUCAGAGUGUGGAGGGCAGCAGGAGCAGCAGCUCUCCUGAGAGAGCUAGUAAACAGCAGCCACAGCCCCCAGCUGAGGGCCCCUCCAGGCAACCUGAUGCAGAGGCUCCCAAAGACCCUCUGACAGAGGAAAAGAGAACAGACCAGCGUGAGGACUCAGAACCCAGCCAGUCAGAACCCAGUGGGGCAGAGGAGGCAUUCCGAUUGGAGCUUUCUACUAACAGUGAGUGUAGUGUUACCCCCCGGCCCACGGGGGGCGCUGCGGAUGAAGAGGAGGAGGAUGACGAGUCGACACAGAUUGAGGAGCUUAGUGGUGUAGUCGGUGCACCAUCUGGCAACUUGCUACUCUCACAGGGAAGCCUGCACAGUUUGCAGGAAACUCCUGAAAGAGCCGAAACUCCAGCAACAGUUGAACCUAACGAUUGUAACAGCUUAGCAAAACCGCCAGCUAAUGCAGGACCAGCUGUAACAAGCAGUUUGUCGAAAUGUUCGGCAGUUGCUGUACCAACUGACACUAGCUGUUUGCCAAAACCUCCAGUAACAGUAAAACCAACUGACUCUAAGAGUUUGCCAAAAAGUUCUGAAGUGGUGGACUCAGGCAAGACUCACAGUUUGCCGGACGCUGCUGAAAUGUUAGAUGCAACCAAGUCUGUCAGUCUUCAAAAAGCUUCUGAAAUGGGAGCUUUGGACAAGACUAGCAAUGUGCCAAAAUUUCCUGCCCCAGUGUCCUCAGAAACAGCCAUCAGUUUGCCGAAACCUUCUGAAACAGUAGACCUUACAAACACAAGCAGUUCUGAGAAACCAGACACUGUAGACCUAACUCUCACUAGCAGCUUGCCACAGGUUCCUGUAGAAACACUAGACCUAACUAAGACCACCACCAGCGGAUUGCUGCAAGAAGUGCCAGAAUCAGAAGAUAAACCAAGAGCUCCUGGGAUUGUGAAGGGUCUGGAAGCUGAUAGUCCCGCUACAGCCACUCGGGUGCAUGAAGAGCCAAUGGAAAUCCAGGCUGGGAAUGUUGUGGUGUCAUCGGAAUCACAGCCAGAGGCAGCCAUCUCCAGUAAGGCCAGUCAUCAUGAAAUUAGGGAUGAGCCCUUGGAAAAGAGGAGUGAAGAUGUGGUGGAGGAGACACCUGAGGAAGAGCAAGAGAAGAUGGAGGAGGGAGUCGAAGGAUCAGGCCUCUGUCUUGCCUUAUCUCAGAGCCAAGCUCUCUCCCUGGGACCAGAGCCUAUGGAAGAGGAAGAAAAGUCCUCAGAAAGAACUGGGUACCCCAAAAGCACUGAUCAGCCUCCUUGUGUGCAGGAGAGCAUCCUCAAACAGGACAGCAAGGAGGAGAAGAAGAGCGAGACAGAGAACAGCUUUAGUAGCAGUGUGAUUGUAGUGGAGGAGUGCGAGAGAGAAUCCUUUGACAAGGGGAGCGAGAAGACUCCCCAGCAAAGGAAAGGGGAGGCAGGAUCAUCCCAGCCCAUUAUUGUGGAGUCUUGUCCAGAUGAUUCUCCUAGUAUUCUGGAGAUUCCUGAGGAGAAGGGAGGCAGGACCACAAAGAGCUCCCUCGUCCCCACGGCCUCUGCCAGACAGGAUGGGGAGGAGCCAGGGCAGAGCAAGCAGCUGGAGGAGGCAGGGUGUGCCAUAGAGGUAGAAGGUCAGAGAGGGGACAAGAGUCUGAGUGACAGCUCAGGGGAUAUCCCAUUUCAUUUUACUCUUCCCAAGGAAGGAGAGCUGAUUCACCCAGCAGCCAGUGCAACACCUCCACUGAUUGGUCAGCUGAAACAGCGCCCCCGACACAGCACUCCCAUUGAGGUUGGAUCCUGUUCUGACAACGCUGUGGUAACUGGUGAUGUUACCAGGGAGACUGCCAUGGCAACUAGUGACAUCAUGGCUGAGGAGAGUGGGGGUGAGGGGGCCAAACAGGACUCUGCCUCCACCACUGCUGAGCAUGAUGGGAAACUGAGUCUGAGGAUGAAACUCGUGACACCAGUGAAUGAGGAGAGCCUAGAGUCUGCACGUUUCAGUUUGCAAAAGCCGGCACUGUCUCAAGAGGAAGGCUCUGUUGCCACGGCUACCACUGUUGCUAUGGCUGUAACCAGCCCCCAGCGGAGCCAGUCCGUAUUUAGCCGGGUGUGUGAAGCACAGAGACAAGUGGAGGUUGCAGGACCUGGGCACCCCAGCACCCCCACCAGGGGUGACCCCUACCGUACCCCUUGUUCCCUGGACGGAGACGCUGGUCUGGAGGGGCAGAGGGCUCAGAGGCUGAAGCAGAUCUCCCGCAGUCACGCCUUGACCUCUCGGUCCUCGCUGGACAUCGGCCAGUCUGGGGGGACCCCACAGAGGGAGGAGGAGCCUGGCUCGGGAUCGGAGGGCAGUCAAGGUCACUCGGGGGUCAGCAGCAGUCAGAGCCUGCCCAAGGAGAGGGCGAUGUGGGCGAGCCGCAGGGUAAAGGAGAUCCAGACAGAAGCCCUGACACCCAGGCCAGUGGAGGAGGCUGCCACUCAGACAGAGAGACUGGGGCUCCCUGAGAAGCAGGAGGAGGAGGAGGAGGAGGAAGGGGAGGAGGAGGAUGACGACGAUGAUGAUGAAGGAGAUGCCCUGGAGAGAUGCAGCGCAGCAGUGCAGACUGACAGCCCAGCCAAGAGCCAGCUGCGCUGCAGAGCAGUGUCCCAGCAAACAAGCUUUGAGUCAAGUGGCCCCCAGAAUCUACAGAGCAGGCUUCGUCAGAGAGCCGUAUCCCAGCAGACCAGCUUUGAGGCGGGCAGCACUCAGAGUCUACAUGACAAGGGAGAGUUGGAGUUGCCCCUGCCUCAGCCAGUUCCGGGUCACUCUGUCCGGAGACACGUGAGGACAAUCCGGGAGGUGCGAACCAUCGUGACGCGCAUCAUCACUGAUGUAUACUACGAGGACGGGAGGGAGGUGGACCGCACUGUCACUGAGGAGUCGGAGGAGCCGGUUGUCGACUGCCGUGUCCUGGAGAGUGAUGCCUCCCCGUCUCGCACUGGCGGCUCCAUGACCUCCGGUGACCUGGGUGAUGUCAGCUCCCUGUCCUCCAAGACGCCCAGUCUGCAGCGCAGCUCCAGUGGUGCCAGCAGCGGGGGGGCCGGGACGGCCAGGACAGCGGGGAGCGGUGACACCGCUGGGAAGUUUGUUAUUCCCCUGGGCCGUGGCACACCCACCAGGCAUGCCAACCAGCAGAAGGCAAGUGCACAGAUGCCAGAGGGCCCCGAGGGGACAGUGGCGGGCAGGGAGGAAGGAGACAGAGCGCCCGGGACGCCCCGCGGCAGGGGGAGACGAGGCCGACCCCCGUCCCGAACCUCCCUCUCCAGGGAGUGUGUGGUUCCUGCGCAGAGGGAUGGCGGCCCUAACCCAGCCAGCUCUUCCUCUGAAGAGGAGGCCUAUACCCGGGUAUGUGUCCGUCCGGAGCAGCCCCCUGCCCACUCUGCCGAGCUGUCCUCCCCACGAGGGACCUUACGGCGCUCCGACUCCCCUGAGCUCCCCUUACUGCAGCCCCAGUUCCCCGAUACCAGUGGCGGCAGCUCCGGCAGCUCCUUUGUAGGGCUGCGUGUCGUCGCCAAGUGGUCUUCUAAUGGGUACUUCUACUCGGGCUGCAUCACCCAGGACACGGGCGCCGGGCGCUUCCGCCUGCUCUUCGACGAUGGCUACGAGUGCGACGUGCUGGGCAAGGACAUCCUGCUGUGUGACCCCAUCCCCCUGGAGACAGAGGUGACUGCACUGUCCGAUGAUGAGUACUUCAGUGCAGGUGUGGUGAAGGGUCACAAGAAGGAGGGUACAGACUUUUAUUACUGCGUGGAGAAGGAUGGGCAGCGCAAGUGGUACCGCAGGAUGGCAGUGAUCCUGUCUCUGGAGCAGGGGAAUCGGCUGAGGGAGCAGUUUGGACUGGGACCAUACGAGCCUGUCAUGCCCCUUACCAAGGCCUCCGAUAUCAGCCUGGAUAACCUGGUGGAGGGGAAGCGAAAACGUCGUGGGAACGCAGUGGGUUGCGGGACCCCCACCCGGGGGGCAGCCGACAGCCCGAGAGGCCCGGGAUACGCAGGGAAGAGGAAACUGAUCAGCUCAGAGGACGACAAAUCCCCAGCCAAGCGUGGACGCAAGUCAGCCUCUCCCAAAACCGCAGGGCGUCGUGGGGAGCUGUGUGGCACCUCUGAGAGCGGUGGCGAGCUGCCCUCUGACCCUGCUGACCUAGUGGAGACGCACGGGCCCCUCCCCCGCAGCGCCUCUCUCUUCCUGGGGUACGCCUUCCUGCUGACUGCUUCCUCCGAGACUGACCGUGAGACCAACCACCCGGGCAGCGAGGGUGAGGACGAGUAUGUGGAGACAGCCCCCUACAACAAGCGCUACACUGAGAGCCAGCUGAGAGCCGGGGGAGGAUACAUCCUGCAGAACUUUAACGAGGGCCAGUGUAACGCAGCCUAUCAGACCCUCUUGAUCGCGGACCAGCACUGCCGCACCCGGAAGUACCUGCUGUGCCUGGCGAGCGGCACCCCCUGCGUGUCACACCUGUGGGUGAGGGACUCCUGCCACACCAACCAACUGCUCAACUUCAGGAGCUACCUGCUGCCAGCCGGCCUCGGGCUGCAGGAGAACAGCAUUGUCGAUUGGCACCCUCGAAGGAGUCCGUUCCAAUCCCUGAAGAUCCUGUUGGUGUCAGACCGGCCCCUGGAGCUCUGGGCUGACCUUCUCAUGAUGGGAGGAGCCUCCUCCGUGCGGCAGCACAAUGCAGCCACACAAAACCAGGAGGUUGCGGUGGGCGUGUUUGACCUCGUCGUGACGGAUCGCUCGUGCCCUGCCUCGGUGCUGAAGUGCGCGGCGGCGCUGGAUCUGCCGGUGGUGUCUCCGGAGUGGAUGAUCCAGAGUCUGAUCGCCGGGGAGAGACUGGGCUACACCACGCACCCCCAGUACAAACACGACCACACUGCCACCUAACACUAUCACCCCACAGCCGACCGCUUUUAACCCCCUUUUAGAGCCUUUUAAAUGUUCUGUGUUUGUAACCGUACUUGUGCAUGCUUUACCUGUAUAUAGUUUUAUCCCUCGCGAUUUUUAUGAAGAAAUAAAUUGUGAUUGUUUCAUUCUA